UCUGUCUCAGUUGGAAUUACGACAGAGAAUGCUUCCGUCUACCUGAGGGGUCCCUGGGACACCAUUCACUUCAGCUGUCCUGGAUCAGAACAGACCGGGGUCUUCAGACCAUGUGUGUUUGAAAUGAGACCGUCAUAAAAGCUUGGAUCUUGGCCGUGAGGUGCUCAGAAGACGAGGGUGCUGAUGGAGGACACCAACAUAUUCCCUCCUAAUGUAUCUGUCUACAGGUUGUCAGCCGAGGGGGAGACUGCCGUUGGUGUUUACUUGUUGAUACUAGGGUGGCUCUCCUGUCUAGGUAAUGGAGUGGUGAUUCUACUGUUGGUCAAGCAGAGACACAGUCUUGAGCCACAGGACUUACUCACUCUCAAUCUGGCUGUGUCCGACGCUGGUGUCGCGAUCUUCGGCUACUCCAGAGGGAUACUGGAAAUCUUCAACUUGUUCAGGGACGACGGCCUGCUGAUCAAGACCAUCUGGACCUGCCAGGUGGACGGCUUCCUGAUCAUGCUCUUUGGGCUCAUCAGCAUCAACACACUGACAUCCAUCAGUGUCGUUCGCUACAUCAAAGGAUGCCAGCCCAGCUAUGCUCAUUAUAAUAACCACUGUAACGUUGCUGUGGUGAUUGUGGCAGUGUGGCUGUGUGCCCUCUUCUGGGCUGGAGCACCCCUGGUGGGCUGGGGGAGUUACACAGCUCGUAAGUAUGGGACGUGUGAGAUAGACUGGGUCCAGGCCAGGUUCUCUGUGUCGUACAGACUCUAUGUCAUCCUCAUCUUCACCUUCAACUUUUUCAUCCCAUUCGUGGUCAUCUGGUUCUCCUACGUGUCCAUCAUCCGGACGGUCAACAACAGCCACAAGUCCAGCAGAGGGGGAGCGGUCAGCGAGAGAGAGAAUCAGAUGGAGCGCAGUAUAACAACAGUGUCUCUGAUCCUGUGUUCAGCCUUCCUGCUGGCCUGGUCUCCAUACGCAGUCAUCUCCAUGUGGUCUGCCUGUGGUCACCAGGUGCCUCCUCUCCACAGCAUCCUGGCCAGCCUGUUUGCUAAGUCAGCCAGCUCCUACAACCCCUUCAUCUACCUGGGCCUGAACUCCAAGUUCAGACAAGACUUCAGAGCCCAGUUCCACUGCCUGCGCCACAAACCGGACCUCUCCCACAGGUCCGACGAGGUGCAGAUUGACCUGGACAUUAUGGAGGUGAAUGGAGGGGUGGAUGACCUGGACUCUGGGGUAGAGCUGGGUAGUGAGAGGGGGGAGAACCAGAGGAGUCCUCUUAUGCCCCCGAUGAUAGCCCCGGCUCCCAGUCAUCGCCUGUUCCUGAGGAAGCUCAGUGACUCUGGGCGCCUGUGAGCUCUGUCUCUUUGUUUCUGUCUCUCUGUCUCUGUCCCUCUGUUUCUCUCUUUCGGUCUCUCUCUAUUUGUCUCUCUAUUUCUGUCUCUCUGAUUCUGUCUCGCUGUCUCUCCCACUCUCUCGCUCUCUCUCUCUCUCUCUUGUCCUACGUACUGAGCCACAGCGGAGCUCAGCUCUCACUGUUAACUGUUCACCUCCACAGCACUCUGACCGCCUGUACACACGUACAUUUUUCUCACAGCACUGCAACCGUCUGGACUUACUUUUUGUUUUUAAUCAAGAGAAGACAUUGGUUUUGGCCUCACCUGAAUUAUUUGGAAUCACUGAUGCUGAAGGAUUUACAGUAUGUGGCGGCACUAUCAAUUUAGGGUCUGAGUUAAAUCAUAUUUGUUUUACUGUUUUACAUGUUACUCUAAAAGCUGUAAAUAAUUUAGUUAUUUUUUAAAAAUAAAUACUUGGUUUUAGGUUUGUACGCCGCCCAAAAAAUAACUUCCAAUAGCUCAUCAAUCAACGAUGACUUGACUCAAAGGGGGUUAUAUCAGGCGCUGAUGUUGUACAUUAA